CGCGCCACCAGGGCUAUGCGCUCGGAGGAGAGCCCCGAGUCGGAGGGUUUGGAGCGGUUCCAGAGCGCGGGCAAGGGAAGGGGGCUGCGGGCGCGGCGGCGCUUCGCCGUCGGGGAGCUGCUCUUCUCUUGCCCGGCCUACACCUGCGUGCUGACCGUCAACGAGAGAGGCAACCACUGCGAGUGCUGCUUCGCAAGGAAAGAAGGAUUGUCCAGGUGUGGAAGGUGUAAGCAGGCUUUUUACUGCAAUGUAGAAUGUCAGAAACAAGACUGGCCAUUGCACAAGCUGGAAUGUUCUGCCAUGUGCGUGUUCGGGCAGAACUGGAAUCCUUCAGAGACGGUGAGGCUCACUGCGAGGAUUCUGGCCAAACAGAAAACACAUUCGGAAAGGACUGAGUCGGAAAAACUCCUCUCUAUCAAAGAGUUUGAAUCCCAUCUCGAUAAGCUCGACAAUGAAAAGAAGGAGCUGAUUCAGAACGACAUCUCUGCUCUCCAUCACUUUUAUUCAAAGCACAUAGAAUACCCCGACAAUGCAGCUCUUGUCGUCCUUUUCGGUCAAGUUAACUGCAACGGCUUCACAAUUGAAGAUGAAGAACUUUCGCACUUGGGGUCAGCAGUAUUUCCUGAUGUGGCGCUUAUGAACCACAGUUGUUGUCCCAACGUGAUCGUUACCUACAAAGGGACAGUGGCGGAAGUCAGAGCUGUUCAGGAGAUAGAAGCUGGAGAUGAGAUUUUUACCAGCUACAUUGACCUGUUGUAUCCCACAGAAGAUAGGAAUGAUCGAUUAAGAGAUUCCUAUUUCUUUGACUGUGAUUGUAGAGAGUGCAUUACUAAAGAAAAGGACAAAGAUAAACUGGAAAUCCGCAAGAUGAAUGAGCCUCCAUCAGCCGAAGCGGUGCGAGAUAUGAUCAAAUAUGCCAGAAAUGUGAUUGAGGAGUUCAGGAGAGCCAAACACUACAAAUCCCCAAGUGAACUGCUAGAGAUUUGUGAGCUUAGCCUGGACAAGAUGGGCUCUGUGUUUGCAGAGAGUAAUGUUUACAUGUUGCAUAUGAUGUAUCAGUCCAUGGGCGUCUGUCUGUACAUGCAAGACUGGGAGGGUGCUUUACGCUACGGACAGAAGAUUAUCAAACCAUAUAGUAAACAUUAUCCAUUAUAUUCCCUCAAUGUGGCUUCCAUGUGGCUGAAACUGGGAAGACUUUACAUGGGCCUGGAAAACAGAUCUGCAGGUGUGAAGGCUCUCAAGAAGGCAAUCGCUAUCAUGGAGAUAGCGCAUGGGAAAGAUCAUCCAUACGUUACAGAGAUAAAAAAGGAAUUAGAGGCCCACUGAGUCUUUGAAUCUAUGCAAUCCUUCAACCUUUCUUUAAAAGCCUUGCUAUGGAAACUUCAGGAGUGCUUUGAAAAUUGUCGUGGAAUGAAAGCUUUUCUGUAAAAUAAUUGGAAUGACAAACAUGUGGUGCACUUGGGCCUUGCCUCUUGCAUUUUCUGAGGUUUAUGUGAAAUAUCUUGAGCCUUGAUGAAUUAAUUUUUUGAAUGCUUUUUCCCCCUAAGGAAAUGCCACGGUUUCAUACAUUUAAUGCCUUUGAUUGAUCAUGUGCAGAGAUGACCAAUUCUUUUCUCUACAGAUUUUAAUGUAUUAUGUAUCUUAGCCAUGCAACGCAAUUAAUUAAACUGGCACAACAUUGCUUGAGCC